AUGUCGGUCGAUGGCGACCACCACCUCCCGGGGCCCCCGGAGACGCAGGAGGAGUGGACCCGGGUCCGUCGCAAAGGCCGCCGUGGCUUGGGAGCCGGUCGGCCUCAAACUCAAACUCAGACCGAACAGUCGCCUGCGACUACUGCGACGCCCAUGCCAUCCGCCCCUUGUCUAUCUGUCUCCGAGAUCGAGAGGGAUCGUCAAAGGCUUGCCGGCCAAUGGAAGUCUUCGAUCUGUUGUCGACAACUUCAAGAGCUGGUUGCCUCACAUGGCGCCGAGUCCAGCAUCUCCCAGGCCAUCUGCUUCGGAUUGGGAUCUUUUAAUCCGGCAGACGGAGCAUGGGAAGCCCGGCGGAGAGCGCACCUGCAGCUGGCCGCCUUCCUCUCCAUCGUCGAACAAAUGCGAACCGGCCACCAGCAGUCGAUACGCUGUUUCUUCCAGGAACCACUGUUCAACUCUGCAGACAGGGAAUUCCUUGAGAGCCUCGGCCAUCAGGUCGUGGAGUCUCCCGAGGGCUUUGGGCUUGUCGACUCCUCGACCAUGGUAUUCGGCAUCCACCUGUACAGAGUUGUCUACUCACAGGCCCUUGCAAAGCAUACACCAGCAAUAUUCGUCGGAACUCCGUAUGACGUAUGGGAAGACUUUCACGGCUCCAGCGAUCUGAACUGGUCCCGGAUGAAAGAGCUGGACCAGCUGUGCGACAAAGCGAGGUUCCCAGAGUACCACGAUGAUACCAUAUUCUCGAGCACCAGUAUCCACUGGAGGAAAGGGGAUACGACCUGA